GUCAACCAUAGAAUGUGAUCGAGUAUACCACUAUGAUACAUUUCUAAUCUGUACAAAUUCUUCAAGUAUUCUCUCACUUCUUGUACUGAACGAACCCUAAGUCGCACCUAUCAAUAUGGCGCCGCCAAUCGCAUCGGCGAAGAUCACGCUCUCAUGUCCACUGUUCGCCGCAGACUUUGACCCUCGAAAUCAUGGAAUUUUGCUUGUAGGAGGUGGUGGAGGUGAAGGUCGCAGUGGUGUGGGAAACAAGAUUGCCUUGUUGAACACCUCGAAGCGUCAAGAAAUAUCGGAAUUGGUUGACAUUGAACUCUCUCGCGACGAAGACUCGGUCACAUCAUUAGCAAUUGCUGAAUCUCAGGAUGAGUCAAUAGUAGCUCUUGCGGGGAUCAACAGUUCGCAAGCAGAGCAAUUGAAAGGGAAUAAUCAGCAUCUGCGGUCGUUUCGACUAGAAUUCCCGCUGCGGAAAACCGAGUCUCAAGAGGAUACCACGACAGCGAGGGCGGAGAAAACCGAUGGAAGAAAUACUACACCUCUGACUCAAGUCUCGUUGUUCAGCUCGAAUGUCGGUGAGAAGGAUGACGAAAAAUCAGCUGGGAAAGCUGACACAUAUCAAAGACUGCUAAGAUUGUCCCCUUAUAAAUCGCCUGACCAACCUCGAAUAGGCGCAAUUUCAACUGGUCUGGCGUCGCCAGGAGAAAUUGUUAUUUUCAAUGCGACAUCAUGCCCUCAGACAUCAGAUAUCAUUGCGCGAAUUCGGUUGGCAGACGGAGAAGAAGCUGAAGACAUAGAUAUCAUUGAGCUGGAAGAUGAAAAAUUCUUAGUGGCAUACACCAAUGGAACGGAAGUUUGCACAUUCGAGAUAUCAUCAUCACGAAGAUCGAACACAGCUCCUGAGGUCAGGGCUGUUUUCACCAUUCCCAAAUCUCAACCGAAGCGGUCCAAAUACAGAGCGCUACGGUUCAUUUCAACGACUGCUAUACUACUUCUUCAAAACACCAUAGAUCGCAGCGGUUGCGAAAUAUCUAUCCUGAGUAUCCCGCGCAAUGGAAACGGCACGAUUGUGCGCCGAAAAUGGCUUCGAAAAUCUAUCAAGAUCGGCUUGAGUUUGGAUGUGGUCAAUUUCGGAGAAGGGCAGAACCACGAACGGCAAUAUUUCAUUGCGCUGGCGGGUAGUGAUCAGUCCAUUGAGACACUUAUUCUUGAUUAUGCGCCAAAUAAAGGGUAUAGUUCGUUACAGGUAUACUCGACGUUGAAUGGGGUCCAUCCAUUUUCAAUGACCAAAGUCUGUUUCUCCCAUUAUCGACCACCGUCAUAUCCGGUUACGGCCAACACGCCUCCGCAAUACGUGAAAUUAGCAUCGAUUAGUUUGGGAAAUACGGUGGUAGUGCACACAUUCCCCUUAUCGCCUCAGCGGACUCUUCAAGGAAAAGAGACUUCAUCACCGCGAUAUGCGCUCAAAGCACCGGGGUAUUCAGAGACAUUGGAUACAGUUUUCACUACAUCCAUUGCUCUCCUCGUGGUUGCAAUUAGCUGCUUCUUGUUACAGGCCUUUACUGAAAUCAGGGGUCUUACGCCAGCGUAUCUGGGCGCUACUGGCUGGCUUCCUGACCGCGUUCGCGAUUCGAUUGCUAGACCGUAUCUGCGUGAUAUUAUCGUGCCAGAUAGUAUUGCGCCUCAUGUAGCAACAAUACCGGCAUACACAGGUGCAACCUCAUCCUCGACACCAUCCAUAAUCACAGGCGAACAGCUGCGUGAACUCCUCAAUGCCCGGAGGACGAGUAGUCGUGGAGGAGAUUCAACCUAUUCUAUAAUCGACUCUAUCAUCGACUCAGUCGAGGGUCUAUCAUCCCAUCCAAUAAUCAUCAAACACAAUCCGGACGAAGACUCUAUAUACGCCCAUCUUCACCACAGCCAAGACUCUACCGAUGACGCCUCUUCCUCAUCAAUAGAACAAAAACACAAAGUCCGCAGAUGGGAAAAUCUUCUCCCUGAGCAACGCCAACGGUGGCGUCACUAUCUCUCCAAGACGGGCCACUGGGCCGUCGAGGAAGGCGAUCAAAUUCUUCGAGGGAUAUUCUUUGGGGAAAUUGGUGGUGUUCUUGCUGCUGCCGCUGGUGGUUGAUCCUUGUCUAUAUUCUUGAUUCGUUAACAUCAACACUUUUAUUGAUUUGUUAUUAUUGGUUCUCUCUAGUUAUUGUUCCUGGAUUGUAAAGAUUCUAUACAAAGAGGCGUCAUGUCAUGUCUUGACAAUGAUGGCAGAUAUGAUGGCAGAUAUGAUCCAUCUUGCCGUGUUUCUAUGAACUUGGGGUAUAAUGACAUGUAAAACUCAUUUGUAUUCAAUCAGAUUUACUACUACAGAUUUCCUACAUGUACUAGUAUCGAUC